UUCAGUGUUACGCAACCUAUGCGGAAGCUAGAAGGAUUCUCACAGAAGCAUUGUUCCUGAUUUGUGUGCAGCGAGGUAUAUUAACAUCAUACUGCCCUGGGUUCUUUGAUAUUCUCCCGAUUUAUAGCUUGGUUAGAGGGUCGUAUUUGCUGCUCCAAAAUGCUUUGUGCGGCGGCAGCAGAGAGAAAUAAAGAGCCCAUUUCGUCAGUCCUUAGGGACUGCAUCGAGCCUAGUCGUCCCCUCAAAGCGUUGGAGAUCUCGUCAGGUUCAGGUCAACAUAUUGUGCACUUUGCCCAAGCGUUCAAAAAUGUUACAUGGCAGCCUUCCGAUGUUGAUGUGCAAUCUAUUUCCAGUAUACAGGCGUACCGUAAUCACCUGAAGCUUGACAAUGUAAAGUCAGCAAUUCACCUGGAUGCUUCUCAGUCAUGGGAGAACUGGAGUGGGUUUGAGCCCGACUCCCUGGACAUAGUGAUCAACCUCAACAUGAUACACAUAUCUCCUAUAGCCUGUACGAAGGGCUUAUUCAAAGGUGCAGGAGUAAUCUUGAAACCACAAGGACUGCUCCUAACUUACGGGCCCUACUCAGUGAAUGGAGUGAUCACACCGCAAAGCAAUGUUGACUUUGAUUACAGCUUGAGACAAAGGAAUCCUGAGUGGGGUUUGAGAGACGUCUCUUUUCUCAAUUCCCUGGCAGAAGAAAAUGGACUGUUUCUUCAGAAGAUGGUUGAUAUGCCUGCAAAUAACAAGUGCCUCCUGUUUCGUAAGGAAAGCCAAGUAUAACUCAGUAUUUUUGCCAAGUUUUAAAAUUGAUUCUCAGUGCACUUUGUAAAUAAGCCUGCCAAACUGAAUAAAAUACCGCUUAAUGUUUGA